GGCGGACCCGGAGCCGGCGAGUGUGCCCGGGAAUUCGGCCUGCGCGGCGUAGGGAUUUAGGCCCAGCCCGCCCGAACUGGCCUUUUGGGGGACCUGCGGGAGGUUCGCGCGGGAGGGCCAACCCGGCCAGGGUCCCGGGAGCUCGCAGAAACCGACCGCGCUCCCAGCCCGCCCGAAACCCAUGCUCCGGGGCUGGCCCGAGCUGUGGCUGGAGGAGGGGUCCGGCUCUGCAUGGCCCCGGCUGCUGCUAUGACUUCUUUGCCACUCAGUGUCAAAGUGGAGGACUCCGCCUUAGGCAAGCCUGCUGGGGGAGGCGCUGGCCAGGCCCCCAACGCUGCUGCGGCCACGGCAACCGCCAUGGGAGCAGAUGAGGAGGGGGCCAAACCCAAAGUGCCCGCCUCGCUCCUGCCCUUCAGCGUGGAGGCCCUCAUGGCCGAUCACAGGAAGCCCGGGGCCAAGGAGAGCGUCCUGGUGGCCUCCGAGGGGGCUCAAGCAGCGGGUGGCUCGGUGCAGCACUUGGGCACCCGGCCCGGGUCGCUGGGCGCCCCGGACGCGCCCUCCUCUCCGCGGUCUCUCGGCCAUUUCUCAGUCGGGGGACUCCUUAAGCUGCCAGAAGAUGCUCUGGUGAAGGCCGAGAGCCCCGAGAAGCCAGAUCGGACCCCGUGGAUGCAGAGUCCCCGCUUCUCCCCGCCCCCAGCCAGGCGGCUGAGUCCCCCGGCCUGCACCCUACGCAAGCACAAGACCAACCGCAAGCCGAGGACGCCCUUCACCACCGCGCAGCUACUAGCUCUGGAGCGCAAGUUCCGCCAGAAGCAGUACCUGUCCAUUGCCGAGCGCGCCGAGUUCUCCAGCUCGCUCAGCCUCACCGAGACGCAGGUGAAGAUUUGGUUCCAGAACCGCCGCGCCAAGGCCAAGAGACUGCAGGAGGCCGAGCUGGAAAAGCUCAAGAUGGCCGCGAAGCCCAUGCUGCCGCCCGCCGCCUUCGGUCUGUCCUUCCCUCUCGGCGGCCCCGCAGCGGUAGCCGCAGCCGCGGGCGCUUCUCUCUACAGUGCCUCCGGCCCUUUCCAGCGCGCCGCGCUGCCCGUGGCACCCGUGGGACUCUACACCGCCCACGUAGGCUACAGCAUGUACCACCUGACAUAGGUGGGUCCGGAGUCACCUGUCUGUGGUGCCAACCCCUCCCCCCCAGCCACCUCUUCUAGCAGCGGGAGGCCUUCUUAGGAAGCUCUGUUGCCCAACACCACUUGGCCCCCCUUCUCUUAAAACCCUUGAUACAGUUCCUCCUUCUCCCUCGUCUGACCCCUUCUGGGGAAAGAAAGUGUCUAGACUCUUCACGCGCCAGUUAUAGAUGUGGAAACUAGGGGUACAGAGGCCAAGAGACUUAUCCGUGGUCCCCAGCAGAAUUAGAGGUUGAAGGAGGCCAGAGGCCAAAAGGACUAGAAGCCGCCGUGACUCCAUCAGCUGCUUCCGGUCCUGAAACAGGCAGGGCUUGCGCCAAGAAACUGCUGUUCGGUGCUUCGGGAGACAAGCACAGUCGGAUAGAAAGCAGGGAGCCCAGCUCCUUCUUUCCACUGUCAAACUCCAGGCAUUUUGGCAGCAAAGCAUUUCUCUGA